AGGUCUAAAGUUAACUGCUAGAAACUAUUGUGCACUUAAAAUGUCUGAGUUUGUUAUUGUGAAAAAGAAAAAUAGAAAAUCUCAACAUAUUAAAUUGUCACAAACGAGUGUUACAAAAGAUGUUGAUAAUGAUAAAGAUAUUCAAAAAAUCGACAUUAACAAUUUUACUAAGCGUUUAGAUAAUUGCAUAGCAGAAGUUGAAGUAUCCCCAUUUUUUACGGAGACAUUUGAUAUUAUUAAUGGAGCUCUUCAUGCUGUCAGGCAACACAAGACAUCAAAUUCUUCAACUUGUAAUCAAAUAGAUGAGCAGCUUCCAACUGAAGUUUCAUCUGAAGAUGUACUUGAUGAAGGGUCUUUAAACCAGUCUUCAGGUGAUAGGCUGUCAUCUGUGAUAAGCAGGUUGGAGGCUGUGACUGUUGUUGAUGAGCCCAGGGUUCAGCUACUCUCAUAUGGCAUUGGAAAUUUCACCACAUCGUUGAUUGCUCGAUACCAGUUGGCUUUUUUUCUCAGCUUGCGUAGGAAGUUGAAAGACCACUGCCAAACAUGUUUAGUCUACGACCCAGUGUUUUCACCUGAUGAAGAAAUUAUUUUAGAGAAAUACAGUUGUCAACUUAUAAGUCAGAAUGAGGAAGGAUGCAGAGAGUGUGCUGAACCUACUAUAGCCUUCAUGCCACACUGUGGCAGACCUCUUUACAAUAAUUUUCUCUGGAAAAAUUUGAGCACUUCUGGGGGUCAGGGGUUAAACAAGGUUGUUCUUAUUGGUAACAGUUUCUCACAGAUUGUUGAAAGAACACCAAAGAGUCUGCUUAGAGAAACAGGAAACUAUAUAUUAAAAAUUCAGCCAUUUGUCAAAGAAACUAGCUUGCCAGACAGUUUUAUACUGAGCGAUGUAUUUAAUGAUCUAGCAGUUCAUUCAUUUCCAUUAGCUGCCAUUCAAACUAUUAGGAGUGACAUUGGUUCUCCCUUGCAUAAACCAGAGUACCAUCGUAAUGAGGAAGAAUUUAUACGAAAUAAAAAUGUCACUAAUUAAAGCUCUAUUUUUUUC